CCAUCGAAGAGUACAAGCCCCAGGAUGCCACCACCAACCCGUCCCUGAUCCUGGCUGCGGCACAGAUGCCCGCCUACCAAGGGCUGGUGGAGGAGGCCAUCGCCUACGGCAAGAAGCUGGGCGGGUCACGAGAGGAUCAAAUUACAAAUGCCAUCGAUAAACUUUUCGUGUUGUUUGGAGCAGAAAUACUGAAGAAGAUUCCAGGCCGUGUAUCCACAGAAGUAGACGCGAGGCUCUCCUUUGAUAAGGACGCCAUGGUGGCUCGAGCCAAGCGCCUCAUCGAGCUCUACAAGGAAGUUGGGAUCAGCAAGGACAGGAUUCUUAUAAAGCUGUCAUCAACCUGGGAAGGAAUUCAGGCUGGAAAGGAGCUGGAAGAGCAGCACGGCGUCCACUGCAACAUGACGCUGCUCUUCUCCUUCGCCCAGGCCGUGGCCUGUGCCGAGGCUGGCGUGACGCUCAUCUCCCCCUUUGUGGGCCGCAUCCUGGAUUGGCACGUGGCAAACACCGACAAGAAGUCGUUCGAGCCCCUGGAAGACCCCGGAGUGCAGAGUGUCACCAAAAUCUACAACUACUACAAGAAGUUCGGCUACAGGACCAUCGUCAUGGGCGCCUCCUUCCGCAACACGGGCGAGAUCAAGGCCCUGGCGGGCUGUGACUUCCUCACCAUCUCGCCCAAGCUCCUGGGCGAGCUACUCAAGGACACCACCAAGCUGGUGCCCGUCCUCUCUGCCAAGGCGGCCCAGGCCAGCGACCUGGAGAAGAUCCACCUGGACGAGAAGGCCUUCCGCUGGCUACACAACGAAGACCAGAUGGCCGUGGAGAAGCUCUCGGACGGCAUCCGCAAGUUUGCAGCCGACGCCGUGAAGCUGGAGCGGAUGCUGAUGGAGCGGAUGUUCAGUGCGGAGAAUGGGAAGUAGGUGCACCUGCAGGACCCCGAUCUGCGCUGAGUCGGGGCUCUGGUGGCACAUGGCUUAUGGUGAAGCUGGCAUUUUUACCAAUUGGAGCAGGCGUGGAUCAAAGAUUUCUGAUUUUAUGUGAAGUUUUGCUUACAGCAUUAAAGCAGUCACUUUUCUUGUAUGUUUCA